AUGUACAGAUCUCUGAAAGGCUCUUCCAUCAAGGCUGAAUCGAAAAGAAAGUUCUACGAGUCCACUACAGAAAAUACCGUUCCAGGACUUCCCACACAAGCUCUGCCAACCGAGCAAACCGCUGCACAAGGCCUCGAAAAGCCAAAAGUCGACUUUCUACAAGAAAACAUUAAGAACGCAAGACUACAGCUGAUUGAGUAUCUGGAUCUUGCAAAAGAAAAAUACGUCGAGCAAUCAGAACAAUACUACAAAGUUGAGAGACAAGUCACAGAUACCUUGUCUUCUCUCCAUGAUAAAAGGGAAGAAUUGUUCCCUAACUCGCUCUAUGUGCUAACGGGCUUUCUAACCGGUGUGGUGUUCACACGUAGAAGCAACAUCCUGGUCAGAGCUACGGUGCCGUUGGUUUGCGGAGUGACAGCAUUCAGAGUGUUCCUGCCUUCCACCUUUGCCAAUGUUUCUUCUUGGUUUGAUUUGUACCAAAAGAAAACUCAACCUGACCUAUGGACCAAAAAGCAAGAACUUUACAACAAGGCAGGUAAACUUAUCGAAGAUACCGACAAGGCAACCACGGAAACAGAAGCCGUGGUUACCAACUACCUUGAAGACCUCAAAAAGAAGGUGGGUACCUACGCAGGACUCAAUGUUGAGCAAAAGGUGUCAGAAAAGAAGAAAUAG